GUCUUCAGCACUGUAACCACAUCCCGUUACACUGGGGGGAUAGCCUAGCCCCACGAGGAAUAACCAGAGGAAUAGCCCUAUUUUUACACAAUGCUAUCAAGUGGAUGGACAGCACACAAAACCCUCUUGUUGAUGACCUGAGAAGGAUUGAGAAGAUUUAAUCUAGACUGGGGCUGCAUCUUGGAUCUUGGCUCUUUCAGAAAUGCCGGGGCUAAUGAGGAACUGUGUUUUUUGGGUUGUGUCUGCCAUCCUUCUGACAGGAUACUUUGACACAGAUGCGUCGCAUGGGGAUGCUAUGGAUAGUGGUUUGGUAGUGAAACACUUGAAAUCUCAAGACCCCUCUGGGAUUUCAAGCCAACUGGAGUCAGAUGGAGGUCUGGAGGCUUUGACCCACAAGACAUACAAAGGAAAGGGUGCUAUUUCUAGAAGAAAGCGGAAUAUUCUUUUUCCCAGUGGAGUGAAGCUUUGUUCUCAAGAGACUGUAGACCAAGCGAUAGAAAACCAUCUGAAGUACUUUCACCAGCGAGUGUGUCAGGAGACGGUGUGGGAGGCGUUCAAGAUCUUCUGGGACCGUCUACCUGAGAGAGACGAGUACCAGGCCUGGGUUAACUUAUGUCAGGAUGGAGCCGUCAGCGUGAUGGAGAUCGGCAGCAACUUCAGCCGAUCAGAGGAGCACGUCUCUCUUGUUAGGGCUAGAGUGGUGAUGACUGCUGCUCCGAAUAGCGAGCCCACAAGCUCAGGGUCCAAAGUGUGCAGUCCAACCGCGGCAACUCCACCAGAAUUGGCCACCACCCAAAAAGAUAAUGAAGUCAUUGUCGUACAGCCAGACACCUUCCCAACCUUGCGAGGAGAUGUUGACGUCAUUCCUGUCACUACUGCAGAGCCAGCUGAGGAGGUCACAGAGAUGGUCCCGCCAGGAACUACUGACUAUGUGACUGAAGAUGCUGACAUCGACGUCACCUCAGAGACCGACGAGACAAUACAGGAGAUAGGAGAGGACGCCACUACCGAAGCUGCCUUUGACGUCAACUCCGAAACAGCAGUUGAAGUCAUUGCUGAGACUGGUGAUGAGGCUGUCCAGGAGGUUAAUAUGGCUGCUGUUGAGGAAACGUCCGAUGCUACCUCAGAUGACACUGUGGAGAUCACACCUGAACCUAUUGUCACUGUCAUCCACGAGCCCAUUGAUGAGGUAAUUGAGAAAAUGGUUGAGGAAGUAAUCUCAGAUACCACACACAAUACUGUGGAGGAGGCAGAAGAGGCCGCUGCAGAGGUCCCACCAAAAGCUGACAUUCAGAUCCCUAUAGAGGUCCCAUCAGAGGCUGCCAUUGAGAUCCCUGCAGAGGUCCCUUCAGAAGCUGCCAUCGAGAUGCCUGUUGGGUCCACAGACAAGGAUAUCCCAGAACCUGAAAUAAAAUUUAUUCCAGAAACUUCUUUGGAGGACAUUUCUGAAACCACUUCUGAAGCGCCUUCGGAGGCUGCCACAGAAAUCACUUCAGAUACCAUAGACAAGGAGAUCACAGAGGGUGCUACAGAAAUCACUUCAGAUACCAUAGACAAGGAGAUCACAGAGGGUACUACAGAAAUCACUUCAGAUACCGUAGACAAGGAGAUCACAGAGGGCGCUACAGAAAUCACAUCAGAUACCAUAGGCAAGGAGAUCACAGAGGGUGCUACAGAAAUCACUUCAGAUACCAUAGACAAAGAGAUCACAGAGGGUGCUACAGAAAUCACAUCAGAUACCAUAGACAAGGAGAUCACAGAGGGUGCUACAGAAAUCACUUCAGAUACCAUAGACAAAGAGAUCACAGAGGGUGCUACAGAAAUCACAUCAGAUACCAUAGACAAGGGGAUCACAGAGGGUGCUACAGAAAUCACAUCAGAUACCAUAGAUGAGGAGAUUAAAGAGGCUGCCAUAGAGGUCACUUCAGAUACCACAGAUGAGGAGAUUAAAGAGGCUGCCAUAGAGGUCACUUCAGAUACCACAGAUGAGGAGAUCACAGAGGCUGUGGUAGAAGAAAACGUCACUUUGGAGACCACUUCAGACAUUGCUACCAAGGCAACGUCAGAAGAUACUACAGAUGAGGAUAUUCCAGAGGAUGCAGCAGAAUUAACUCCAGAUAUUUCUCCAGAGGACACUUCUGAGACUACAGAUGAGGAAGCUGCAGCAGAGUUGAUUCCAGAAGUUUCUCCAGAGGACACUUCAGAGCCUGAAGCUGCCAUGGAGAUCCCUUCAGAGGGUUCAGAUGGAGAUGUUCAGGAGCUCCCUAUGGAGGUCACCUCAGAGGAUUCAGAUGGAGACGUUCAGGAGCUCCCUGUGGAGGUCACCUCAGAGGAUUCAGAUGGAGGCGUUCAGGAGCUCCCUGUAGAGAUCACCUCAGAGGAUUCAGAUGGAGGCGUUCAGGAGCUCCCUGUGGAGUUCACCUCAGAGGAUUCAGAUGGAGGUGUUCAGGAGCUCCCUGUGGAGUUCACCUCAGAGGAUUCAGAUGGAGGUGUUCAGGAGCUCCCUGUGGAGUUUACCUCAGAGGAUUCAGAUGGAGGUGUUCAGAAGCUCCCUGUGGAGUUCACCUCAGAGGAUUCAGAUGGAGGCGUUCAGGAGCUCCCUGUAGAGAUCACCUCAGAGGAUUCAGAUGGAGGUGUUCAGGAGCUCCCUGUGGAGUUCACCUCAGAGGAUUCAGAUGGAGGCGUUCAGAAGCUCCCUGUGGAGUUCACCUCAGAGGAUUCAGAUGGAGGCAUUCAGGAGCUCCCUGUGGAGGUCACCUCAGAGGCUACAGUGAAUGUUGCCCCAGAAGACACUGAAGAGGAGACCCCUGAGAUUUUAGAGGACGUUAUCUCAGACGCCACAACGCAUUUGAUACUUGAAGCUACGGAGGAGAUCACUCCAGAGACUGUACUAGAGGAUACAUUGGCCACUACUACUAAUGAAGUGGUAAUAGAGAUUGGUCCUGAGGAAGAAGUCACUCCAGAAACUUCAGUAAAGGCCAUUCCAGAGGAUGUAUCAGAGAUCACCUCAGAAGCAACAAUAAAGGCUGAAGUCACUCCUGAGGCUGAAGUAGAGAUGAAGGAAGUUAUGGUGGAGGUCACCUCAGAAGCCACUUUGGAGGUCACUCCUGAGGUUGAAGUAGAGGUAACUCCAGAAUAUGUAGUGGAGGAACCUCCAGAGGCUGAGGAGAUUACAGAAGAAACUGCAGUAGAGGACAAUCCCGAGGUGGAGAUAGAGGUAACUCCGGAGUCUACUGAAGAAGUUCCUGAGGAAGCAGAAGAGGUCCCUUUGGAGACUGCAGUGGAAGACACUUCAGAGGCUGUAGAAGAAAUCACCCCAGAGACUGUAGAGAUAACUCUGGAAGCUGCUGAAGAAGACACAAUAGAAACUGUAGAAAAGAUCGUUUCAGUGACUCCAGAAGAGAUAACACAAAAAACUUCAGAGGAGGAAAUUCCAGAAACUUCAGAGGAGGAAAUUCCAGAAACUUCAGAGGAGGAAAUUCCAGAAACUUCAGAGAGGGAAAUUCCAGAAACUUCAGAAGAGGUCCCAUCUGAGGCAGUAGACGAGAUCAUUCCAGAAGCUCCAGAAGAGGCUUCCAAAAAGAUAAUUCCAGAAACUACAGAAGAGGCUUCCGAAGAGAUCAUUCUAGAGCCUUCAGAAGUUGCAGCGGAGAUAACCACAGAGGCUGCAGGUGAGUCCACUCCAGAGGCGACACCGGAGGCUGCCGUGGAGAUUACUCAUGAGGUCACCACUGAAACUGGAAUUUUUGUGGGCAUAGAGGAGAACAAUAAUGGCGAUCGUUAUAGGGAUGCAGAGGAGAACAAUAACGGUGAUCGUUAUAGGGUCACAGAAGAACCAGAAGAAACAAAUGAUGACUUCCUAGGGAUUCAAGAUAUCAUAACAGAGGUGGAAAACGCGCUGGGCAAUGAGAUCGAGGACAUCAUGACGAGGCCGUCCACACCCAUGAAGGAGCAUGUGGUGGAACUCAGCAUCCAGCUGAAGGGAGAGAACUACAACGACGCCCUGAGAGACCCCUCUAGCUUCUACUACCAACGCGUGGCCAAACAUUUCACCCAUAAGAUUGAAGAUGCAUUUGAAAGGUUACCAGGAUUCAAGAAGGUCUUUGUAGUUGAAUUCAGGCCUCAGAAGGACCUCCAAAGGGGUAUGUUGUCUGUGGUAGUCCACUACGCAGUGACUCUGGAGGUGGACGGGGCAGGCAUCAGUAACGAGACCAUGGACUACAUCAACCUCCAGUCCAACGUGGUGGAGAAGUCUUACCGUGACGCCGUUGAACGCCCCACCGUGGUCUACACCAUAACAGACUUCCGAAACUACAUCACUGAAGCCCUGCACAAGGAGAACUUCAUGAGCAACACCACUCUGGAUGUAGACCCUGACUCACUGCAGCUAGAGCGAGUUGAUCACUUGUUUCUGGGAGGGAGACCCACCACCAAACCAGAAGAGUCCAAUGACAUGAUGGACAAUGUUCUGGCUGCUGAGAAACCACCAGAUGCUCCUGGCCAAGACUUGGAUGUCAGCAACAUCUUUCUGAAGAAGGAUGAUUUCCUGUUUCCUGUGGACCCUUUGAAGGGCUCCGGGAGCAUUGUGGCCAGUGAAAAUGAUGUGUUCGUUCUGGAUGAAACCACCUUGCCACCCAGCACCACUGCUGUCCCUGCAGAGAAUAAUGGAAAUAUUGAAGAAGAGGGAUUUCUUCUCAGCAACACCCAGCAAGACUCUCAUACUCCCGAUGGGGAUGGUGUGGUCGGUGCUGGAGGCUUCUCUACCUCCUCCCCUUCACAACCACAGACCACAGAGGCCCCGGUCCCGGCACUUCCCAGAGUAGACCCAGAUUUGGAUGCUGGCUCUGGCUCCGGCUUCUCUGGGGAUGACCAAGGGGCUGACGUCUUCCCAUGGUUUCCCGUGACAACUGAGGAGACGGACUACAUAGAGGAGGAGGAGGAGGAGGAGGAGGAUUCUGUGGUGGGGGAGGUGCAUUUACCAGAUCCAGAAGUGGAACCGAAGGAGGAAGAGAAGAAGGAGGAGGAGAAGGGGGAAGAGAUCACCGAAUCUGUCCCGACUGAAUCUCCAGAGGACAUGGGUCCUUUUGAGUCCCAUCCAGAAUCAGCCCCAGUUGAGGAUGAGCCACAACGGCCUUUCUUGGACAGACUGCCUGUGACCCAAGACAUUAGUACCCGACCUGACUACACGACCACCGCUGAAGCCCCUGUGUUCUGGACUGCAGAGACCCUGACCGUGGAGCUCUCCAUACAGACGCUGGAGGCCUCUGGGAUGUAUGACGAUUAUUACCCAAGCGAACCAUUCACCAUCAUAGCACCAGUCACUGAUCAUCCCUAUCCUCAGUUUUACACCACUGAGGCCCUCGUGUUGGAAGGGCCAGCAGCUGAGACCCAUGGUUCUGUUGAGGAGCUGUCGGAGCAAACCAGUCCAAUAGAGGUUGAACUCCCCACAGUCACAGAGUCACCUACCUUCAUAGACAUGGAGCUGUUCACAGUCAAGGAGUCCAUCUUCGAUAUGAUCACCGCCAAACCACCAGAGAUCGAAGCCUUCACCGACAGACCUUUGCUCUUGGUGCCCGAUCCUGAGGAUGAAGACGGAGAGGUGGAGAUCUUGGAGGAACAGGGGGCGAAGGUCACAGAGCCCUUGGCCACACAACUCCCAGCCCUUGACAUCUCAGAGGAGGACCUAGCUGAAGAUGAAAUAUUUGUUGUGGCUGCAGGUACAGCAGCCCCGGAAGUCAUAGAGUCUCAUAGCAUCGUAUCCCCCGAGAAGGAAUCUCCCUUCACUCGUAUAUCGGACUCUGUACCGGAAGAGGAGGAAGCCACACACCAUCCAGCCACCACCGAAAUAGCCCCACAUGAUGACAUUGACAUCUCUGAGACACCUGAAAUUGCCCCAAUGAUCCUACCUCCAUUCUUCCAGCCAACAUUCAGACCCACAGAAAACCUGCUUGAGGCAGCAGAAGAGUCAGAUGUUAGCAUUGAAGAAGGAGAUGUUAGCAUGGCGCUAGCACCCCCUUCCCCAGCUCACGACACAUACGAACUAGAAAUCGGCACUUCAAUCCAAGCGGUUGGAGACUACGCACCGGACUCCCCCAUGCCGGAAAUUGACCUCACCUUCGAUGUGUAUGGCGGGGACAGCAGCGGGUACUCCAGCAUCGCCCACGGAUCAGACGUGGGCAGCAUCGCCAUGGCGAUGAGCCCUGGCAAGGAUCUGAUGGUGUUCUUCAGCCUGAGGGUGACCAACAUGAUGUUCUCUGAGGACCUCUUCAACAAGAGUUCCACAGAGUACAAAGCCCUGGAGCAGAGGUUCCUCGAACUGCUUGUCCCUUACCUGCAGUCCAACCUCAGCAACUUCCAGAACCUGGAGAUCCUGAAUUUCCGUAACGGCAGCAUCGUGGUGAACAGCAGGAUGAAGUUCGGGAAGCCCGUCUCUCGGGGGGUCACCAACACUGUCUACCUUAUCCUAGAGGACUUCGCUAACUCAGCCUUCCAAACCAUGAACCUCUCCAUAGACAAAUACUCACUGGAUGUGGAAUCAGGCAACCAGGCAAACCCCUGCAAGUUCCAAGCGUGUAAUGAGUAUUCAAUGUGCACGGUGAACCGCUGGUCCGGGGAGGCGGAGUGUGUGUGUGACGCGGGUUACUUCAGUGUGGACGGACUGCCGUGCCAGAGUAUCUGUGACCUGCAGGAGGACUUCUGUCUCAACGAUGGGAAGUGUGAUAUCAUCCCCGGCAAGGGAGCCAUCUGCAGAUGUCGUGUAGGAGAGAAUUGGUGGUACCGCGGGGAACACUGUGAGGAGUAUGUGUCAGAACCUCUGGUGGUGGGCAUCGCCAUAGCGUCGGUGGCUGGCUUCCUAUUGGUGGCUUCUGGGGCAAUCUUCUUCCUGGCCAGGACUCUAAGGGACGGUUAUGACAAGGAGGAUUCAGAGGAUCCUCUACGAGAUCGGGACAGUUUGCCAUCCUUAGAGAGAGCCACCAAGUUCAACCCCAUGUAUGAGAGUGAUGUGGCCACAGCAGAGUACUACAGGCGGUACGAAGACGACGUGCCGCACCACAGUACAGGCAGCGCAGACACCUCUGUGGACUUCUGCAGUGACGAGAUACUCCAAAUCUACGACAACUCCGAGCUCACCAGAGAGCAAAUUCAGGACCGCCUAAGGAUAAUUGAGCUGUGUGCCAAAGACCGUCAGUUUGCAGACUUUGUACGGCAGCAUCAAGUAGCGCUGGACAGAAGAGCGAGCUCUGAAACAUAGGAAUGCUGGAGAGCCAGCUGAUCACUGUGAACCUCAAGAAACAUGCCUUUGUCUUUGACUUGAGAAAGAGGAAAGUGUCUUUUGUUGCCAUGGUGCUUCUGAUGGACUCUGCAGAAUGACCAGAUGAAGAGGAUGGAUAUUUAAAAGUCUUCUCUAUGAGGCGUGAUGUGUUGUACUGUUGCAACGUCUCACUGACUCUGUUUCUAUGACCUAAUAUUUUUCUAAAGGUGUAAAUACUUUUAUUUUUGUUGUUUAAUUUUUUUCUUCUGUUAUCACAGCCAUCACCUUAUCCUAUGAGCUAGCCUCCUGCUCAGCUAGCCAUCAAACAUCUAGAUACAGUUACUGUCAAAAAGGUUUGCUGCAUUGCACCUCUUACUUGCACAAAUCUGUGAACAAACAACAAACAGACUUCAAUUGUUGUGUCCUUAGUUAGUUUGGACGUGUGGGUCCCUUCCUGCUCUGUUCUCCCUAAACAUGGUCUUCCUCAGUGCCUUCACUUGGUUUCAGUUAGCAUUGUGGGGUGUUGUGUCCUGAAACGUAACGCGGCUGCUGGCAGGACCCUUGAAGUUCACUGGAUGUCACUGGAAGGCUACUGUCCUGCAUGGAAACUAACUAACUACUGGUUUAAUCAACUUUGUUUCCACGUAAUUUCAACGCCCAAAUUCAAUGUGAUGAAGUUGAACUGUUUGGAGUAGAAAAGAGAAAUCAACGUAAGAGAAUUUCUGAUUUUUUCACCUAACUUUUAACCUAAAUCCAAUGACUUGGUGACAUUUUUUGUUGAUUUCACAUUGAAUUCACGUUAGUUGACAACUCAACCAAAUGUAAAUCAAAACUAUACGUAGAACUGACAUCUGUGCCCAGUGGGUACUGACUGGUUGGCACAGGCUAACGCUAUAUAGCCUCCACUGAAAUGACCAAAUAUCCUGGUUGCUGUACUUACUUGAACAUGAUUUUGGCAAAAAGUUGUAGAUUAUCAAUUGUGUAGACAUGAAUUGAUAGUGUAUUUAACUGUUGGAAUGAGUAUAGAUUGAUAUACUGGAAUUGUGAUUGUUAGUAACCCCUUUUGGCCCUAGCCAAUAGCCCAUGAAGACAUGUUUCUCUGAGUUUUCUCAUUUCUGAAAUCUGAUAUCUGCUGGUUAGUCCACGUAUCCAUGACGAUCCCAAGCAACCAUGACGAUCCCAAGCCUUUGUAUAUAUCAGGAGUCGACUAUAUUCAUCCAUAUGUUUUGAUGAACCAAAUGUCCUCAACCCAUUGAAAAAGGGGUUAAAUGUGUACGUUGUCUCUGUUGAUGUGUUUUCUAUGUUUUCUCAUAGUUCAGAGAUUAACAAGACACUGGAGUUAUGAUCUGUGUUGUGUAUGUUAGACUUACUGGUUGAAAGCCAACAGACACUUUUUGUAAUAAAAUGUCAAUAUUUUUUACAAUA